AUGCCACGUGGACUUAAGGCGGAGGGCGUUGGUGACCGCGAGGUCCCCAUGCGAUUCAUUGUCCAUGGCCUGCACCGAACAGGAUCGAUGAGCAUGCGAACGGCCCUUCAUCAACUAGGCUUCCACAACUGCUAUCACAUGGUCUCGGUAAUCGAGAGUCUCGAUGUCGAUGCCGAAUUGUGGAUUAAGGCAUUGGAGGCCAAGUUCGGCGACAAAGGGGAGAAGUGGACAAGAGAGGACUGGGACAAGCUACUAGGUCAAUCGCAAGCCUGCAUCGACCUGCCAGCCGCCUUGUUCACCCUCGAACUCGCAGAGGCAUACCCAGAGGCCAAGGUUAUCGUACUCAACCGCGACCCUGAGGCGUGGUAUGAGAGCGUUCUCGGCAGCGUAUACAAGACUAUGAAGCCGCUGUCGGUUCUAGACAUGCUUCGAAGCUUGUACUGCGCCGCUUUGGACCCCCAGCACCGCGCUUGGGUUCGGUUCGGCAUGGCACUGGGCAAAUAUGGCCUCCCCUACGACCAUGGCACGGAAAAGGACAAGGCCAUUGCUUGGUUCAAGCAGUCAUACCAGGAGGUUCGCGACGCCAUUCCCGUGGACAGGCGCUUCGAGUUCUCCGUCAAGGAUGGCUUCGAGCCUCUCUGCAAGUUUCUCGAUGUCCCCGUACCGACGGUCAAGGACGAAAAGACGGGUAAAAUGGUUACGGCCCCGUUCCCUCACGUCAAUGACCGUGCCACAUUCACCUCGCGCAUCUCCGGGAUGCAGUCUAAGAAGAUGAGGGAGGCAACCAGCAAUCUGUUUACGAUGAUCAGCAAGACGGUCACACUGGGCUUGCUGGGUUAUGGCGGAUACAUGAUGUGGAAGACUCGUCUUGGAGGCCGAGUGUAA